CAUCAUCAACGAAUGUCGAUGAUCGUUCAAUAUCAGCGUAAUUUCUAAAUGAAAAAAAAACCUUCAAGUGAACAACAACACCACACCAUAGAACAUUUAUCGAAAUGCUCAAACUUGUACCAGCCAUCGUUGAUACAAGAGAUUUCUCCAACAUAUCAUCAUCAAUAAAUUUGAAUGAAACAAAUCGACGUAAUACACCAUUCGUAUGUCAUAUACCAACACCGUAUAGUUGUAGUAUUGCCGCUGCUUCCAGUAGUCAUCAACGUAAUAAUAUUGGAUUACAAAAUUCUGAUUCACCAUUAACACAAUGUGUUUGGACAUUUUUUUGGCUUGCAGUACUCAUAUUUAUCGGAUAUCCAUUAGGUUUUUUUGCCGGUCAAUUAUAUCUGUUAAUAUCACCAUUGACAAGCAUUGAUUUUUGUAAUCGUAUACAUUUAGGCAAAUUAUCAUCAUCAUUAUUAUGGACCAUGCAUUUGCCAUUGAUUUGUUCACAAAAUAUGAUCGCUGCUAAAGCAUUGAUUGAUAGCAUUUAACAUAUAUUGUAAAUUAUAAAUAUUAUAAUCCGGAAAUCGUCAUAUCAAGCAAUCAAUCAUUUUGUAUAUUUUAUAAUAGCAAUUUUCUUUUGUUUAUU